AUGUGUAUGCUAAAAAUUAUGGAACUGCACAGUGCAUUAAUGCCAUUAUGCAUUUUAUCAUUCUUAUCCGGUUGUAUUUAUAUCCAUAUCGAUAAAAACACUGGUGAAAUUCGUCCAUUAUGCUGGAUACGAAAAUCGUACAAUUUGCUUGUCAUAAUAUUCUUGGAACGUUUUAUAUUGGUUAAUGCAUCGUUGCCAACUGUUAUUGAAAUGCAAACUGGAUACAAUGAAAAAUGUCUGAAAAAUGCUACUAUUAAAAUUAAAUGUAAUCUUCUUAAACUAGUUCCAUCUGUUCGUGAAUUAAAUCGAAUACAUAAUAUGCUUUAUGAAUCAUCACAAUAUGCAAAUCGUUUUUUUGGCAUGUCCAUGUUGAUUUUAGUUUUACAAGUAUUCUUUUCAAUUAUACAAAAUGUUAUAUAUAUUGCAUACCUGCAAUUCGUUGCUCUUUCAUCUACUCAACAUUACUUCUCAAAUAUUGGCGUAACAUUAUCGAUUUUCUGGUUGCUUUUCGAUUUGAGCUUAGUCGUGAUAUUGUGCAGUUUAUGUGAGUACACCGUAAAAGAAGCAAAUCAAACUGGUAUCUUAGCAUAUAAAUUAUUGUUAAAUGAUAAUUUAUCAUCAGAAAUAGCUAAUGAUUUACAACAAUUUGCAAAUCAAAUUCAACAACAAAAUAUAAAAUUUACAGCAUAUGAUUUAUUUGAUAUUAAUUUAAAUAGUUUAACACAAUUAAUUGGUUCAGUUACGUCAUACAUUAUUGUUGCUUUGGAAUUUUAUAAUUUGUCACCAGAAUUAACAAGAACAUCGUACAAUAAUUCAUCAACAACUCGUAUCUAG